CCCGCCCCUGCCCUUGGGGAACGGGAGAAGGGGCGGGAGAGGUCUUCUGGGGCUCCAUCAAAGAACUUGUAUUUUUCUGAAAACGAUGCUCCCAGACCCUAGGGUGUGCCCUUCUCUGGCAAAAGACAGAGCCCCUAGAUGUGCCUUGGAGUCGUUCAGCCGCAGGAUUCCGGUGUCCGCCCACUUAGCGGGAGUGGGCCUGCUGAUAGCCUUUCUUAGCACGCUCGGCUGCUUUGUACGGGCCCCAGGUAUGAGUAUGAACAUGGCAGACGGGGACACCCUGAUAUCAGUGGAUUAUGAAAUUUUUGGGAAGGUCCAAGGGGUGUUUUUCCGCAAGUACACUCAGGCUGAGGGUAAAAAGCUGGGAUUGGUUGGCUGGGUCCAGAACACUGACGAGGGCACAGUGCAAGGACAACUGCAAGGUCCCAUCUCUAAAGUACGUCAUAUGCAGGAAUGGCUUGAGACAAGAGGAAGUCCCAAGUCACACAUCGAUAGAGCAAACUUCAGGAAUGAGAAAAUCAUCUUAAAGCUGGAUUACUCAGAUUUCCAGAUUGUGAAAUAAUGGCCUGAAUUUAAGUCUUUUGAGAUAAACUCACUGUUUUGUUUUUAUUGUUAAUAUAGAACUAUUCUGUGUUCAGUAUUAGAAUUUGUCAGUAAGUUAUGUUAGUAUCAGAUGUUUGAAUAUUACUGUAUAUGUAUGAUAGAAGAAUGACAGCUAUACACAAUUCUAAUAAGUAAAAACACAUUAGAAUGUUCUGUGUACAGUACUUUAUCUUUGGUGACCUUCAUUUUGGGCAAAAUAAGAGGUAUUUACUCAGUAAGCAUCUAUGGGAAGAGAAUUUUAAGGUAAUUUAAAGAGAACUGAAAGAAAAAGCAGUUAUUUUGAAUCAUUUUAAGAAAUGGCGUUCGUGAAGUUUUCUUCAGGAAAUUGUACACCUAAUAAGGUUAGCUGUUUAAAUGACAUUUUGGACUAAUUACUUUUACUUUUCUGGAGUUCCUGCUGUCAUUCCCUUCCUCUGGGCAAGGAUUUCAUAUAAGGCAAUGUUAUGGGCUAAAUUAUGUCACCCUUUCCCAAAUUCACAUGUCAACGUCCUACCCUCAAAUGUGACUCUCUGGAGAUGGAGCCUUUAAAGAGGUAAUUAAGGGUAAAUGAGGACAUUAGAGUAAACCCUAAUCCAAUGUGCCCCAGUGUCCUUUAAAAACGGGAAAUCGGACACAGACAUGUAUGUGCACUGAGGAAAGGACGUGUGACGACAGAGGGAGAAGAAUGCCAUCUACAAGCCAAGAAAAGAGGGCUCAGGAGAAAUCAACCUGUCAACACCUUGAUCUCAGACUUCCAGCCUCCAAAACUGUGACAAAAUAGACUUCUAUUGUUUAAGCUA